CUUCACACGAAAUCGUAUUGAAAAACAAAACUUUAAAUUGUAUUCAAAGUUGUGUUGAAUUAGUAGUGAAUCGACAGUUGAUUGCAAUCAUUGACACAAUCAAGUGAUGCCUGAAAUCGCUUUCUCAAAGGUCUCGGCCUUCAGUUCUGAAGAUGCGGCCAACCAAUUGUUUGCCAACAAUUUGCUCAAAACAAAGGACUUUAAGUCUUGGAAAUGCAGGCAAUGGGAGGAUAAGAGUCACGUGAUUCUCGAGACCACCGAUGCCUACAAAGUGGAUAACAUCGAGAUAGGGAACGACUGUUCGGCGUUUGCGGAGGUUCUUGUGUCCAACACGAGUGCCCCAAACGCCAGGUUUCAGGUCCUGCUGUCGACGUCUUCAUUCAUGACCCCAUCCGACAGCAAACAACUGCAGAAUUGUCACAGAAUUCGGUGCUUUCCUAACGACAAACUGUCACCAAAUGCCAGAACCGAGAAGUGGAACCGAUUCAAGAUUGUCUGCACUCAACCAUUCAAUAAGGAUAUUCCCUAUGGAUUGGCUUUCAUUCGGUUUAACACUCGUGCCGAAGAAGACGAGGAAAUGGAUGUGUCGUCCAAUUUGAUGGCUCUAAACACCGGACCCUUUAGACUGAGAUCACAUAACACCGCAGAGAUCCCCUCUCGUGACGAGGAAGCGGACACAAGCGCCGGCAGUUUGUUUAGAAAUCGCAACAAUUAUACAAACAGUGAUCCACAGAAGCCGUCUUCACUGGCGGCGACCACUGGAGUCAGUCCUCCUCCCAAACAACCAAAAGUUCAGAACUCUGUUAAACCCAAACAAAAGACACCGCAAAUCACUUCUAAACAAGUUUUGUCGUCCCAUUCAACGACCCCGUCCUCAUCGACCACCACUUCUAUCAAAUCUCCCAAAAGGCAAUGGAAACCCAAAACAGACGUUCCCUUUAAUCAAUUGAUGUCUAAAGUGGUGUUUGCUUUGAGCGGUUUUGUUAAUCCAAAACGAAGUGAUUUAAGGGAUAAAGCGAUUAAAAUGGGCGCUAAAUAUAGACCCGAUUGGAGCCAAACGUGCACUCAUUUGAUCUGUGCCUUUGCUAACACUCCUAAGUAUAACGAAGUUUUGGCACAAAAAGGAAGAAUAGUUAGUGAGAAGUGGAUUGAAGACACGUAUAACCAGAAACGACUGGUCUAUUGGAGAAAUUACCUUUUGGGCAAAUACAGAGGCCCUGACUCUGAGGAAUCUGAAGAUGAGGAAGAGGUAGUGGUUCCUAAGAAUCGCAAACGUAUUCAAUAUAUCGAUGACGACGAGGAAGAAGAGAGUCAAAUGAAAGAAGUGAUUGGUUUUGCCCCCAAUAGUAGUACUAAUAAUAAUAAUAAUAAUGAGUCCAAUGAUAACGAUAUGAAUGAUGAGAUCUACGACAUGGAGACCGACAACGAGUCCGGUGCCGCCGACAACAGCAACACUAAAAGCGACAAAACUAUUGAUCCGAAGCCUACUAUCGAUAUAUUCAAAGAGAGAUGUUUUCAUUUGUACGGUCCGUUUGAUGAGAAAGAAAAGCAAAUAUUAACUCAACAUAUCAUCUCUCAUAACGGCAAAUUAGAGACCCAAUUGAGUUCAAGCGUUAGAUAUGUUGUGACCAAUUCUGACUGGAAUGACGACUUUGAUCAGGCAUGUACUGAAAACGAUUCGUUGAUUAUUGUGAAACCGAAAUGGAUUUAUAAAUGCAUUGAAAAUGCAAAACUAAUUCCCCCCCAAGCAUUCACGGUCUCAUCUAAUUAUGAUUAGAAUUAAGUAUUAAGUUUUGAAUAUCUAU